AUGCCCCGUCGGCCUCCCAGACAACAAGUAGAAAGAACAGAUAUGGUACCCUUUCAGCAUGAAGAAGCAUCAAAAACAAGCGACGAGAUGGCGCACAAUCUUUCCCUCCUCCGUAAAAACUGGAAAUGGGCGGCGUUAAGUCAGUUUUUGUAUACCUUCUCGCCACUGCUAAACAUGGACGACAUCUCUCUCUCCGACAUUGAGGAUGAUCUCAUUCGCGGCUCGAGAGUUGUGCUUCCUCGCGUUAUGACAAGGCUGCUGUUUGUGUUGUCAUCUGAUCGCAAAGUGAGCAUUGAUACAUGGCAGUCGGCGCUCCGAAAGCAGUAUGCACGACGCGAUCCCACCUCCAAUCCCAUUGGGCCAGACCCACCUCGUCACCGUUCCAACUCUGAGGCAGCGGAAAUUUCUCGUGCUGAAUCUUCUGAUGAGGCUGUGGAAUCAUCCUCCGAACCCGAAACUAAGGACUGGCUUGACCUCCCGAUGAACACCAAGCUAGAUUCUAUGCACUGCGUGGCGGAGUGGCAGUUCAACAAUCCAACGAAACUGCGAACACUCAUGAAGAGUGACGACGAGGAAGCGACUUGGGUCCAUCUUAUCUUUGGAGAGUUUGGACUUACCAUUGACAACUUCCAGCGCCUUGAACCAAUCGGGUACGAUGUCAAAUCUAAUGCUUACUGGCUGAUCGGUGCCGACCGUUUAUGGAUCCAACGCACACCACCUCGAUCAACCAACAAGACACUGAAGCGCAAACGAGCAGCCGAGCUGGGAUCAAGUGCUGUGAAACGAGCUCGACUGGAUCCUAGCAAACAGAAUAAAGAGCUCGAGUCCUCGAAUUCUCGCACUCAAAAAUCGUCGAACGCAAGGGCACUAGGAACACGCGUGAGUGCCCGUUUACGGGGCAAUGACGAUAAGGAAUGGCAGACCAUACCGACUGGCUGGUUGUCCAAUGAGGAACGUCAUAGUUCAAAACAAAACCCUGGAUUAGAGAAUGACAGUGAUUUAAGCAGCGAGUUGACUGAGCUCAGCGAGGAGGAGUUGGAUGACAUAGAGGUUGGGACGAGCAACGAUGGCCAUGACUUUGUGGAAUGGGAAACAAUCUGCUCAACCCUGCAAGAAUGGGAAACCAUAGCUGCUCGCUUCAAGGGCGGCACGCACUACACAGAGAAAUCGUUGCAUGAGGUCUUGACCCAGCAUAUCGUACCAAUAAUCACAGAAGAACUGCGUGUCAGCGUCUUCGAGUUUCUUUGCAUACCCCCCUUUUCUGAUCUUUUCUUUAUUCAGGAGCUGGAGCGCAAACAACAGCUCGAGAAUGCGAUUGUUCACCGCAAACGUUCUUCUCGGAUUGCCAUGAAAGAGCAGGAAAAACAAACAGCCAAGCUCAUCAUUCUUCAGAAGUCGGAAGCUCACCAGAAGAAAACUCGAGCUCAGCGAUUAGAAGCUCGACUGGCUACGCAGGAGGUUGAGCGCGAACGACGAGAGACAGCAAGGGAGCAACGAAAGCGAGACGCCGCUGAGGAUGACGGGAUGACUGAAUCUGAUGCUGAGGCAACAAGCAAAGCAGGAGGAGACUCUGUGGCCGAAGACGAUACUACGUCAACAAGAGGUCCAAAUCACAACAUGAAUGGUCGCACUCGCACUUCUAGAGGCGAUGACUGGGUGCUUAACUGUGAGAUCUGUGGCCAGUCUGGUCUAAAUAUGGAUGACGGUCGGCCGCUACUAUGCUGUGGGUCGUGCUUUGAAUGGCAGCACAUUCCUUGUCAUGAUCAAGCCAACAUGCAGGCAGGUAGACCACAUCGCAACUGGGAGCAAGUUGACUUUGUCUGCCACCAAUGCUCGCCACGCCAGAUCAAUGGCAAGAUAUCACAAGUCCAACCCUAA